AUGGCCAACAUCCACGAACCGCAAGCCUUCACGAAGUACGGCUGGUUUGCGUGCGCAUGGAUCUUGGUGGUGUCCUUCCAGGCCGUUCUCACUUGCCGUGAUGCUGGGCCUUCGUUAGACAGCCCCACGGUGUACUAUGGUCUGCCGACAUGCAUUCCCAUGUCAGACGCUACUUUCUCUCUCCUCACUUCUGUCUACACCGUCGGUGGUCUCAUUGGAAGCUUGGGCGCGAAUGUCCUUAUGGACCGCUGGGGCCGCAAGGGCGCAUCGCGCUGCAGUUCAUUGGUGACUGCUACCGGUGCAGGUCUAAUGGCGGUAUCUGCGUCCCUGUUCCCAUUGACCAUUGGACGCCCCUCGAUGAUCGAAUCGCCGACCUGGCUCGAUCGGCACGGACUUCUUCUUGAAAAGGAUAAGGCCGCGCGCCGCAUAUGGCACAGUGCACAGGGACCACGAAGCUCUGAACUGCCGAACUACGACAGCCAGGAUCCGCUUCUGAGUGCAGAUGACCCCGAAUCUGGUGAGAUCACACCUGCGAAGGCGGACGACGCGCACGAGGCAACGUUAUCCGUCCCACAGCUGCUGAUUGCGCCCGAACUCCGUCGGCCCCUCACCAUCGUCUGCUUCUCGAUGCUUGUGCAGCAGCUCUCCGGUACUGGAGCCGUGCUCACCGCUCGCGUAGUCCUCUAUUAUAGCAAUGACAUCCUGUCGAAGGCGCUGCCUGACCUUGGGCCGUACGUUUCCCUCGGCAUCACCAUCGUCAAUUUCUUCAUGACUGCCGCGCCUAUCGUCCUCAUUGACCGAAUCGGCCGCAAGCAACUGCUGUCGCUCUCGGCGUGCGGCGCUCUCCUUUCGCUUCUUGGUGUCGGCUUCGGGCUCGAUGUGGGGGCCGUUACGUUAGCAAGCAUUACGAUCUUGACUUUCAUCGCGUCAUUCGCGAUUGGCAUAGGGCCGGUUCCGUUUGUGAUGAUAUCAGAGGUCUCGCCGCAAUACGCUGUUUCCGCGCUCUCGUCCGUCGCACUCUCGCUCAACUGGAUCGCGAAUUUCCUCGUCGGGCUCGUCUUUCUUCCCCUGCGCAACGUGCUGUCGCAAGGCGACCCCGAGAAGGAAGGUCGGUCUACAGGGGGUGAUAAAAGCUUCACUCGUGUGAGGGGUCUCGUUUUCUUGCAAGGUUUGAUAAGGAAUCUUGCUGUCGGUGUCUCCAGACUGCCUGCGUACUAUUGUCAGAUUGAGAACGGUACAUAUUCUUCCAAACUGAGAACAGACUGGGUGCUUCCUCUAAACUCCUACACAUAA